GGGGCAUUCCAGCCGCGUCCGCUGACUCCUGGGCGGCUCCAGGGAAGCCUAUAAAUGGCUCAUGGCUGUCGAUAUUCAACCAGCCUGCCUUGGACUUUACUGCGGGAAGACCCUGUUAUUUAAAAAUGGCUCAACUGAAAUAUAUGGAGAAUGUGGGGUGUGCCCAAGAGGACAGAGGACCGACGCCCAGAAGCUCUGUCAGCCCUGCACGGAGUCCCCGGAGCUGUACGACUGGCUCUACCUGGGCUUCAUGGCCAUGCUCCCUCUUGUGUUACACUGGUUCUUCAUUGAGUGGUACUCGGGGAAGAAGAGCUCCAGUGUGCUUUUCCAACACGUCACGGCCUUAUUCGAAUGCACCAUGGCGGCUCUCAUCACCCUGCUUCUGAGCGACCCGGUUGGGGUUCUUAACAUCCGUUCCUGUCGCGUGCUGAUGCUUUCGGACUGGUACACGAUGCUGUACAACCCGAGCCCCGACUACGUCACCACGGUGCACUGCACCCACGAAGCCGUCUACCUAUACACCAUUGUGUUUAUUUACUAUGCGUUCUGCCUGGUGUUCAUGAUGCUGCUGCGCCCUCUGCUGGUGAAGAAGAUCGCCUGCGGGUUAGGGAAGUCUGACCGGUGUAAGAGCAUCUACGAGCUGUACUACUUCCCGAUUCUCACAGUGCUGCAGGCGGUCAGCGGAGGCCUGUUAUAUUACGCCUUCCCGUUCAUUAUAUUAGUGUUAUCGUUGGUUACCCUGGCUGCGUACAUGUCGGCUUCGGAAAUAGAGAGCUGCUACGACCUUCUGGUCAGGAAGAAAAGACUCCUCGUUCUCUUCAGCCACUGGCUGCUGCACGCCUACGGAAUAGUCUCCAUCUCCAGGGUGGAGAAGCUUGAGCAAGAUCUGCCCCUCCUGGCCUUGGUGCCCGCACCCGCCCUCUUUUACUUAUUCACCGCCAAAUUUACGGAGCCUUCACGGAUACUCUCAGAGGGAGCCAACGGACACUGACCGUAGAACACCAACAGCGAAGAAGCUCUCAAUUUACAGAACCCUGAAGACGUGUUAAAGUGUCCGCGCCGCUCCGUCCUGCUCGGAGCGAGAUGCUCGGUGUGUGCUGUCCCCUCUCAGCCUCCCCUGUGGUGGGGACACAGAGUGCGCAGUGCUCCAUGACCUGGCACAGCCUCCCCUGUGGUCGGGACACAGAGUGCACAGUGCUCCGUGACCUGGCACAGCCUCCCCUGUGGUGGGGACACAGAGUGCGCAGUGCUCCGUGACCUGGCACAGCCUCCCCUGUGGUGGGGACACAGAGUGCGCAGUGCUCCGUGACCUGGCACAGCCUCCCCUGUGGUCGGGACACAGAGUGCACAGUGCUCCGUGACCUGGCACAGCCUCCAGGGCACCAGAGAGCUGCAGAAGCUCCUGCCUCAGCAGUCCAGCCGUUCUCAGAGCAGAACCACUCUCCUGUGUGCCUGUGGCGUGCUGUCCCCGUUUCAUAAGGAGGCCUUCCAGCAAGUGUAAUCUGAGAUCCUGGGCAGUAGUAAUGUGCGUGCCUGUUAUGUGUCAUCUCCUUUCACUCUGUGAUAGGUUCAAGGACAAACAUACUUGUGGGCUCUGAUGGCAAACAUGGGAAUACAGUGUGCAGCUUUUUGUUAUCUAUUUAUUUUCACCAGUACAGUAUUCUGAUUAUGUCACAAAAAUAGAACAUAAUUUAUAUAACAGGUUUUCUGUUUGUGGAUGAUUUGGUUGAAGAUGUGUUCAGGUUAUUGUUCCAUGUAAGAAAACAGUAAUAAAGAGUUUAGCUACGAUAGUUCUCAAAUGUGCUGACGUUUUUCGACACACUAAAUAAUUGAAAAUGUUAACUUUAAAGAAAUGCAUUCAUUCCCAAAUGAAUAAAUGCAUAUACUCACAUAUUUGUUUCUCAUAACUCACUUUUGAAGGAUUUAUACACACACAUAUACAUGACAGAUGCUGCCAUGUUUUAUUGGUCCUUAAGAGCUGUUUUUUCACAUGGUGACAUCUCUGAAUUAGGAUGUAUCUUACUGUUGAUGGCUUCUUAGAUUUAACGAAAUGUAAAAUACACACAGCUCAUGAACUGUUCCCUGUGGUCGGCUGUUGGGAAGUGCUGUGAUGUUUACAUUCUGAAGGCUUCAGAAGACUCAUGCUUACAAUCAUGGGAGCAAAAUAAAACAUUUUAGCAUUAACCUAA